AUGGGUCUUCCCUUCAGUGCGUUAAACAAAUUAGGAGUGCCAGGGUUGGGCGCAAUAACAACCGGACAAGUUUAUGAUCGACAUUUUAAGGACAGGGACACGGGCACCUUUAAAGACUUUCAUCUUGCAUAUGUCGAAUUCUGCAAGUAUUUCAACACUGUGUUGCCUGGCCAAGAUUUUGAUACUCCGGACCGUGGUGAUCUAGAGGCAUUCCAUAAAAAAUGGGCAGUGGCGGACGAGCCCGGAAGGAGGAAGAUGUUCAUCGAGUAUAUGCAGGAAAACGUCCACGAGGCCAAAGUUGACGACAGCCUCUUCAUCAUGGCCGGCCUGGCUGCGCCAGCGGCAGCCAUCAUCGCCAAGAAGAGCGGCGAGAGCAUCCCGCAGGUCAAGAAGUUCAAGGUGCAUCUAAUCCCCAACGUCAUCUUUGUGCCGGUGUGCACGCUGGUUGCCAUCAUGGGUGCCACUGCAGUUCAGAUGAGCAAGAAGAGCAAAGACAACAACAAGCCUACGAGCUGA